AUGACUAUCCCAUCCCGACCACUCGGCGAGGUCCACUGCGUUCCCCAAACCUACAAUGUACCAACCCAACUACACGCCGUGGCGGACCGCUACAGAAAGCUGCGCCUACACGGACUCAAGGCGGACCCGCAUGCAUUUUCAUCGACAUACGAGCGCGAGUCGCAAUUCGAGCAGGGCCAAUGGAUAGCCCGGAUUGAGCACCCGGCGCGCAAGACCUUUGUCUCGGUGAUUCCUUGCAAGGAGCCAUCAGUGGCCCCUGAAAUCGAACUGGUCCUUGCGAGCGACAGUUCCGGAGCUCUGGGGCCGCUCUUGCAGAACGAAUGGACCGGUCAGCUUACGCUUGUUGGCCCGGAAGUUCUCGCUAUCCGGGGCGAUGAGACGGCCGAGACGACGGCGCUAGCGAAGCCCUGGAGUGUUUUCUUUCAGAAUGAGCAGUGCAUUCCGCCUUUGACGCCGACGGAGACGUUGGAUUUACGCGGUGCGCAUCUUUCUUAUAUGAUUGUGGGUAUGUUUGUCUCGCCUGAGUCUAGACGACGGGGUCAUGGCCGACGGUUGAUCGAAGCGGCGGUCCAGGCUGCUCGGGAGGAGGGUCAGACACGCGGGGCGGCGUCCGUUCGCGUUGUGCUGAUUGUUGAGCCUGGGAAUGAUGGGGCACAGAAGUUGUAUGAAAGUACCGGGUUCGCCUUGUGGGAUGAUACGGUCCUGGAGCGGAAUUCGGGGAAGCUGUCACGCGUGCUGGCGAUGGUGAGGGAGAUGGUCAUGUGA